ACUUCCUUUUCUUAUUAUAGUCCAAAUAGAGAAGUCAGUAGAAGACACCCCGAUGAGUGUGCCAUUCAUUUGAUUUACCGUCAUUCGACAUUGCUAGUCGCUCCUUUACACAUCGCUCAUCUCUUACGUACAUAUUAUUUCAUACAAAUCCCCUUAUUCUUCUUGGAACUAUAUCAAGAUCAUCAGCAAUAUACCAACAUGAAAGGCUUCCUCUUCCUGUUGUACUGCAUAGAAAUCCUGGGUGCAGUGAAUGGAGCUCAAAGUGUCACAGGAAAUAUUCCUACCUCAAUUGCCUCAAAAGCUGCUUCAAACCCAAACUCUCCUUUUUCAUCUUCUCAAACACCCACCAUUGUUGCCAACAGCAUUUCUCAGUCAACUACAAAAGGACCCACCAGCCAUGCCGCUCCACCUUUACCUGGCGCACAUCGGCCCACCACCAAACCUUUCGUUAUGUUUUACAGGAAGGAAUACCUUUCACUGCUCAUGGUGACCGGCGGACUGAUCAUAGCCUGUGCUAUUCUGCUGUUUACUACUCUGCUGUUGAUUUGGAAGGUGUGCAAGUUGAGCAGACGCAUCAAGAUGCUGAGCAGCAACGCUGAUCUGAUCAGCACCUCUGAAUACUGGGUUGGAACUGCCAAGAGGAACAAAAGUGCGUCAGAGAAAGAAGACAAAGAGACCACUGUGUUAAUGUCUGACAUAAUUCAAACACAGGAGGACAUUGGUAAUGGUACCACCAAGGAAGAAGGCAAGAAGGUAAACGAAGGUGGACAAAAGGGAGAGGAAAACAAGAAGGAGGCGGGAGACCCUGCAAAGAGUGAGGAAGCUUCAACUGCACCUGAAACCGUUGAUUAAAAUGCGUCCACCACAAAGCCACAAGAGGAAGCCAAAGACUCCAAGUCCACCAAAUCGGCAGCAGCCUCCAACUCGAAGGGCACAGAGGAACCAAAGGAUGUGGUGUAGAAUUGUGCCAAAAAGUUUCCUGAGUGCCUGCAUUUAUUUCCAUAUAGCUUUACAAUACGAUAAUAAAGGAUACUUUUUUCAGCAGCUUUUGCUUUGCAGGAAGUUGAACAACUGCUGCUAAAUCUGUCAAACGGAGCACUGAGCAUUUCUUCUUGAAAACAAUUGGUAGAUAUUGUAUUUCUCUGUUAUUUGUGGCUUUUUUUUAUAUAUACAGCUAUAGACCUGUCACUCAAAAUGGACACGUCCUUAAUUAUGAGUUAUAUAAAAAUGUGAGAAAAACAAAGUUCUCUUCACAAACUCAAAAUAUUCCUUUAAAGUUAUGAAAAUCUUUUGUCCAAGUCAAUUUGUGUUGUGACAAACUUUACUUUUGGAGAUGUACAUACUUUUAAAUAACAUAUGCAACAAUAAAACCCUUCCUACCUAA